CGAUUCCGAAAGCUUCUUAUGUCCUUGUCAAAUUCACCGUGCAAUUGGGAGGACCCUGUUUUACUGGAUGCCGCUCUUGCAAAGAUCCCUCUGCAGUACAUCUACGACCAAGCCCAAGCCAAGGUAGACGCUCUCCAAGCCGUUGCUUCGCUGCUUGGGAAGGUAGCGAAGCCAGCGUGGGGCCAUCAAGACUGUGUGAUCCGCGCCCUGAUGACAUGGUUCAAACGAGACUUCUUCCAGUGGGUCAAUAAUCCUCGAUGCCCGGUUUGUGAAUCUACGACCACCGCGCUUGGCAUGAUCCCGCCUACUGUUGGUGAGAGCACUCGCGGUGCUACUCGAGUCGAGUUGUUCCGAUGCAGCAAUACUAUGUGUCAGGCACACGAGAGGUUCCCUCGAUACAAUGACGCCUUCGUGCUUCUGGAGACCAGAAGAGGUCGAGUUGGCGAAUGGACAACGUGCUUCACAAUGCUUUGUCGGGCCUUGGGGAGCCGAGUACGGCUGGUCUGGAGUGCUGAGGACCACGUUUGGACCGAGGUAUACAGCGUCCAUCAGCAACGAUGGGUGCACGUUGAUGUUGCGGAGGGAGCGUGGGAUAGACCGACGCUUUACACUCAAGAAUGGGGCAAGAAGCUAUCUUAUUGCAUCGCUUUCUCCGUCGAUGGCUGUUGCGAUGUCACAAGGCGAUACGUUCGCGACCCGGACAUGUAUGGAAACCCGCGGACGAAGUGCGCUGAAGAAGUCUUGUGGCACAUCACUCGAGAGAUCACGGCCAUGAGGCGCACCGACCGUGACGUGCAAGAACUCCUGAUAAUCAGGGCGGAGGACAAGCGAGAAGAGCUCGCAUUGCAACGGCUCGCGAUCGAGGCUCUCAUCACCCGAAUGCUGGAAGAAUAUGAUGGACGCCCA